ACGUGUAUUGGCUCGAUAUAAACUUGACUAUCAACUUUAAACAAGGGAAGCCCAGUGUUAUUUGGGGGAAAUAUGAUUACCCUACAAUUUUGUUUUACAAUGGAUAUUUUGGAAUAAAGUUAAAGAUGGGAUUUUUCGGGGAAGCAGGUUGUCUGUUGAGCUCGAGACAGAUACCAGAUAAGCUCGUCAGAUACUUUUGGGGAACGGUACAAAGAUAUAUACAUGUUUUAAACUAAACGGUUAAACCAUGGACGAUUUAAAGGAUGAGUUGUAUGAUAUGCAACCUGACAAAAUUGCACUUCGAAAGGAAAUAUAUAGACUACAACUGAAUAAUGAAAACUUAUUACUUGAAAACGAAAGUCUCAAAGAACAACUUAAUCUUAUGCAACAUGAAAACAGUUCAGUAAGCAGUGAUGACGACAGCUUUGAACAAGAAUAUGACGGAGACGGUUUAGACGACCGAGAUCACAUGCAGUAUGAAAACAGAUUACUUUGCCGUAAAAUUGACUUGCAACGAGAGAAACAGGAUAUUUUGCUGCAAAAUCAGAAUUUGGUUUCAGCUAAUAAGCGACUGACAGUCAAACGAAGCAACAGCGAUUUGAACCGUUUACUGGAUGAUGAAAGAGUGAAGAACAAACUUCUAGAAAGAGAAAAUUCUAAAUUAACAACAGUCCAACGACAUGAUACAUGCGAACGUGAAGCAAGCAUUCAGAGUAAAAAAGCUUCCAUUGCAGAAGGAAUUACUCAAACAGUACAGGAAGAGAACAUCGAUUUAAAGAAAAAAGUAGCCGGACUUCGCCGAGAUCUGAUUUAUCUACAAACAAAAUAUGACCGACUGCAUAAAAAGAAGACUUUGAUCAAAAAAGACAAUGUAACCAGACCUAAGGAAGUCACCUCACCAAAAUUGUCAGGACGAAGCAGGUCCACUAGGUCAAAAAGAUCGUUAACAACGACAAUUGAAAACGAUAGUGCUUCGAAUUUCUGUUUUGAUGAUCGCCAACAAGAAUGUGAUGACUGUAAACACUUACAUAGACAAAAUGAAGAGUUAAAACGGAUAUUGACUGAGGAACUGGAUAGUGAACGAUCAGCAAAAUCAUUAUUAUUAAAAGAAAGAAACCAUUACAAAGGGCAAGUUGAACAGAUGAAAGCAUUGCAGUUAGAUCUCGAACAUUGCAGAGCUCUCCUCAAACAAGAAAACAACAACUCGGAAGAACUACGAAAUUCAACUGAGAAAAAUCAGCAGUUGGAAGGACAACUUUCUGAUCUCAACACGUCUGGAAAAGAAUUGGUUGAGAAGAAUAAUUAUCUUAACAAUGAAGUCAAACAGUUAUCAAAUGUUCUCGAAGGUAAAGAUGGAGAAAUAAGUAAACUAAAAAAUAAACUUUUGGUGAAAGAUAAAGAGAUUGAAGAAAGAGUGAAUGAAAUUGUCCUGUUAAAAGAAAGGCAUGUAGAGAAUCAAGAACUGGUAUCUGAUCUACAAACCGAAAUCAACCAAUAUAAAAGUAAUUUGAGAGCCGUUAAUAGUUCAAACCUACAACGCGAACGGGAGAAAUAUCAACGGGAACUUAAAACAGCUAGUACAGAAUUAGAAAACGCGGUUGAAAACAACAAACUGAUGGAUCGGAUGAGUUCUGAUCUUAACAAACAAAUGAGAGAGUUAACAAUGAGAAAGGAUAGCGAAAUAAACAACCUAAAUUAUGAAUGUCAACGGAAAGGUAAAGGGAUUGAAAAUGCAAUGACUGAACUCUUUUUAAUAAAAGAACAAAAUAAAACAAAUAAACAACUGGUCACUGAUUUACAAAUUGAACUCGGUCAAUAUACAAGAAAAUUGAAAGAAAAAGACUCUGACGCAGCAAAUAUGAGCAAUACUAUUUCAAUUCUAAGACGUGAAGUGGAGACAUAUCAGAUCGAACUAAAUCAGGCACGCGACGAACUCAGACAUGUGACUGAGAAUACUGAUGAAAAGUCUGAACAAGCCUUUAUUGAUGAAAGAGAUUCCUUAAACAAUAAAGUCAGAGAGUUAACAAAUAAACUCAAAAGAAAAGACAGCGAUGUACGGAAGAUGGGAACGAAAAUUGAUGAAUUUACCUCAAAAGAAGAGAAAAAUAUUAAACUUGAACGACAGGUCACAGAUUUACAAAUUGAAGUCAACCAAUAUAAAAGUGACUUGAACGAAAAAAGUAUCGCCUCCACUAAAUUGACUAAUACUAUUUCAAACUUAAGACGUGAAGUGGAGACGUAUCAGAGCGAGCUCAAUCAGGCACGGGAUGAACUGGGAAAUGCGACUGAGAACAAUCAACAGAUGGAUCGACAGUUCUCCGAUAUAAAAAAGAGUAAUCAAGCGUUCAUUGAUGAAACACGUUCUUUAAAGGAUAAAGUCCGAGAGUUAACCAAUGUUCUCAAAAGAAAAGACAGCGAUGUACGGAAGAUGGAAACGAAAAUGGCUGAAUGUUUCUCAAUAGAAGAGAAAAAUAGUAAACUUGAACUACAGGUCACAGAUUUACAAGUUGAAGUCAGCCAAUAUAAAAUUGAAUUGAACGACAAAAGUUCUGCCUCUACUAAAUUGACUAAUACUAUUUCAAACUUAAGACGUGAAGUGGAGACGUAUCAGAGCGAGCUCAAUCAGGCACGGGAUGAACUGGGAAAUGCGACUGAGAACAAUCAACAGAUGGAUCGACAGUUCUCCGAUAUAAAAAAGAGUAAUCAAGCGUUCAUUGAUGAAACACGUUCUUUAAAGGAUAAAGUCCGAGAGUUAACCAAUGUUCUCAAAAGAAAAGACAGCAAUGUACGGAAGAUGGAAACGAAAAUGGCUGAAUGUUUCUCAAUAGAAGAGAAAAAUAGUAAACUUGAACUACAGGUCACAGAUUUACAAGUUGAAGUCAGCCAAUAUAAAAUUGAAUUGAACGACAAAAGUUCUGCCUCUACUAAAUUGACUAAUACUAUUUUUAACUUAAGACGUAAAGUGGAGACGUAUCAGAGCGAGCUCAAUCAGGCACGGGAUGAACUGGGAAAUGCGACUGAGAACAAUCAACAGAUGGAUCGACAGUUCUCCGCUAUAAAAAAGAGUAAUCAAGCGUUCAUUGAUGAAACACGUUCUUUAAAGGAUAAAGUCCGAGAGUUAACCAAUGUUCUCAAAAGAAAAGACAGCGAUGUACGGAAGAUGGAAACGAAAAUGGCUGAAUGUUUCUCAAUAGAAGAGAAAAAUAGUAAACUUGAACUACAGGUCACAGAUUUACAAGUUGAAGUCAGCCAAUAUAAAAUUGAAUUGAACGACAAAAGUUCUGCCUCUACUAAAUUGACUAAUACUAUUUCAAACUUAAGACGUGAAGUGGAGACGUAUCAGAGCGAGCUCAAUCAGGCACGGGAUGAACUGGGAAAUGCGACUGAGAACAAUCAACAGAUGGAUCGACAGUUCUCCGAUAUAAAAAAGAGUAAUCAAGCGUUCAUUGAUGAAACACGUUCUUUAAAGGAUAAAGUCCGAGAGUUAACCAAUGUUCUCAAAAGAAAAGACAGCGAUGUACGGAAGAUGGAAACGAAAAUGGCUGAAUGUUUCUCAAUAGAAGAGAAAAAUAGUAAACUUGAACUACAGGUCACAGAUUUACAAGUUGAAGUCAGCCAAUAUAAAAUUGAAUUGAACGACAAAAGUUCUGCCUCUACUAAAUUGACUAAUACUAUUUCAAACUUAAGACGUGAAGUGGAGACGUAUCAGAGCGAGCUCAAUCAGGCACGGGAUGAACUGGGAAAUGCGACUGAGAACAAUCAACAGAUGGAUCGACAGUUCUCCGAUAUAAAAAAGAGUAAUCAAGCGUUCAUUGAUGAAACACGUUCUUUAAAGGAUAAAGUCCGAGAGUUAACCAAUGUUCUCAAAAGAAACGACAGCGAUGUACGGAAGAUGGAAACGAAAAUGGCUGAAUGUUUCUCAAUAGAAGAGAAAAAUAGUAAACUUGAACUACAGGUCACAGAUUUACAAGUUGAAGUCAGCCAAUAUAAAAUUGAAUUGAACGACAAAAGUUCUGCCUCUACUAAAUUGACUAAUACUAUUUCAAACUUAAGACGUGAAGUGGAGACGUAUCAGAGCGAGCUCAAUCAGGCACGGGAUGAACUGGGAAAUGCGACUGAGAACAAUCAACAGAUGGAUCGACAGUUCUCCGAUAUAAAAAAGAGUAAUCAAGCGUUCAUUGAUGAAACACGUUCUUUAAAGGAUAAAGUCCGAGAGUUAACCAAUGUUCUCAAAAGAAAAGACAGCGAUGUACGGAAGAUGGAAACGAAAAUGGCUGAAUGUUUCUCAAUAGAAGAGAAAAAUAGUAAACUUGAACUACAGGUCACAGAUUUACAAGUUGAAGUCAGCCAAUAUAAAAUUGAAUUGAACGACAAAAGUUCUGCCUCUACUAAAUUGACUAAUACUAUUUCAAACUUAAGACGUGAAGUGGAGACGUAUCAGAGCGAGCUCAAUCAGGCACGGGAUGAACUGGGAAAUGCGACUGAGAACAAUCAACAGAUGGAUCGACAGUUCUCCGAUAUAAAAAAGAGUAAUCAAGCGUUCAUUGAUGAAACACGUUCUUUAAAGGAUAAAGUCCGAGAGUUAACCAAUGUUCUCAAAAGAAAAGACAGCGAUGUACGGAAGAUGGAAACGAAAAUGGCUGAAUGUUUCUCAAUAGAAGAGAAAAAUAGUAAACUUGAACUACAGGUCACAGAUUUACAAGUUGAAGUCAGCCAAUAUAAAAUUGAAUUGAACGACAAAAGUUCUGCCUCUACUUAAUUGACUAAUACUAUUUCAAACUUAAGACGUGAAGUGGAGACGUAUCAGAGCGAGCUCAAUCAGGCACGGGAUGAACUGGGAAAUGCGACUGAGAACAAUCAACAGAUGGAUCGACAGUUCUCCGAUAUA